AUACGCGCGAAGUGAUAGAGUGAUAGCUCGUGACUACAAUUGCAACGUGUAUAUCGUUUAUAACAGCUAUCGCAAUCUGAUAUUUCAUUUCUAUAAAACAUUUUGGAAAUUCUCGAAAGGGACAGACGGGAGUUGAACUAUCACGUGUGAUAUGGAGUGGAUGCAUGUUCAGGCACGUUCUAUUAUUAACGUUGACGAUUGGAUAGUUUUACUUGUGAACUGAUUACGUCAUGUUUCCAAACACAGAACUACUAUAGGACUACGAGGACAUUCCAAUGUGCUACAAAAUAGCUCUAAAUUGGUGCUAAUAAGACGUUUUUAAGCGAAAAGAUUAUUUGUGACUUUAAAGUAAAUUUGUGAAUAGUGUGUGCGAUGGAUACAAAUACAAGUGAAGAGAAAAUACGUAAAGAAAGUUCAGGACACGCCCAAUCAUGUUUGACGCCAGGAGAUAAAAAGGGGAAUUCCCCUGCACGUGACGUCCCGAAAUCUACAGCGAGCAUACCCCGAUUCAGUGGAAUACCCGUGGACAGAAAUUCUCCUCUAGCCGGAGGAAAACGUGACUCUGGAUAUAUAACAGAUAAUUCCCCAGCCCCUUUCUCUCAUCACGCGCAUUUUACAUUUGACGAAGAAGACAGUCAAAUUCAAGAGGGGGCUGUUGGGGGUCGAACCCGCUCCGUAUCAUCUAACGAUAUACAACGUGACGAGUUAGAAAAUUCUGAACUUUUAUUUAUGGAAGAUGACGAAGAGGGAGACGAUUCUCCCUUUAUGGACGAGGUUGAUGGAUUGAGGGACGAUAUGAAUGAAGAGAACGAACGUGAUAGUGAGACAGUGCGGAGAAAUGAAGUAUUAUUAAACAGACAAUCAUCAUUACCUAUGGCUGUGCCUCUUUCACCGCCAAUAGCUAAUAUAGCUUAUAUGAAUGGAGUACCGUCACCGUUUUUAUUGCCAGCUGUAGGAACAAAUGAUAGACGAUUUAACAGAACAGUUGCUACCCAAACACCGCACAUCUUAUCACAAAUGGUGCAUCAUGUUUUAACGGAUCCAGUUAUGACAUUACGAGUCCGAGGUACAGGAACAGCGGUCAGUACAUUACGUCAUUAUUCAGAUAGUGAAGACGUCAGAGAUUUAUCGCAUCCACAAGGUCCAUUACCAGAUAUUAUCCCCCAUCUCCCACGGGACCGCUCUAUAUCCCUCCCUGAUAUGCAGACAUUGAGAAAUCAGCGAGAGUUAGAAGUUGGAAGGGAAUUAAGAAGAUUGAGUGAUGAAUUCAAUCAGAACUAUAGCCACAGAAGACGUCGAUCGAAUUCAGUGUUUGAAAUGGUGCCAUCAAAUUCCUUCCCAGGUGCCCAUAGGAACUAUUUUUCGGGAUUCGUCGACACUUUUCGAAGUAUGUUCCUACGGUCGCCGAGUCCUCUAGACGAACGCGAUGAUCCCAGUUGAAACGAUCAUUAUUCCGACCCCCAGGGGCUAGACAAACCCUAGGGACGACUCAUACUACCAACUCAACAAGUACGAUAACUCUCAAGUUAUUUUACAACUUGGCAGUCCAGUGCGCCCCCUGAGGAGAUAACUCCCAGGCCUCGCUGGUCGGGUAGACGAUUCAACAAGGAUUCCAUCAUACCACCUAAAUGAAUUUCAACAUUUAAUCCAGAGGUGCUAUGCAAAGAAUUAAAUGAAAAUAUUUUUGCAAAUUGUUUACAUAAUUUUGAAGUGAAUUACAUUUGAUAACAAUGUUUCAUGAUUCAUGCAUUGAGAUUUGAAUUUGUUAGUAUUUGCUCUAUUACUACUAGUUUAUGUUUUUUGCUCAAUAAAAGCAAAUUUUGUAUUAGCCAUAAACGAUCUCGUAUAUUUGUAAAUAUUCCUAUAUCCCUGAAUAACUGUAAGGUACAUUGCUAAGAAAUAAGACAACGGGGUAAUUAUAAGAACACAUAAUACCCAUUCAUUGGAUACGUAUGUGUCUAGUCAAAUUUAAUAACUAUUGGAAUUAUCUAAUAAGAUUCAAACUGUAACGUAUAAGUUCAUUAUGUUUAAUUGUAAUAUUUUCUAUUCAUCCCAGAGAAAACUCUUAUAAUACCAUUAUGUAUUCUUUUUUGACACCUGAUAGAAUUACAAAUUGUUUGAAAGAGCCAACUUUAAAGAAAUAUUACGUUAUUAUCUUUGUUUUGAAUAAUUAAGUGCUCGUAAACAAUGUGUAUGCGGUGGUCCUUAUAUUCUCAGUUAUGAUUAAGUUUCGUUUUAUUAAGUGAAACAACAAAAAGCGAAACGAAAUACGAUUUAUUUUUAUUUAUGAAUUGUGUGUCAAAUAACACAUAAUCUUAUAGUAUGUUCAGUUCACAUCAUACGUUUAUAAGGCACAUCGAUAUGUCUCAAAUGAUUAAAAUACAGAGUUCAGUUUGCCCAGAAUUUUAAAUCAAAUAAAAGGAGGAAAAGCACGUCACCAUUUUACAUAUUGCUCAAAAAGUCAGCACUGAGGUUAUCUGACUCUAAAUAUGUAACAACUAACAACGAAUAUGAUCCGAGAAGGGCGUAUCAUCCAACCAUACGAAGCCUUAAAUAGAUUAAAUGGCAUGCAAAAUUAAAAAUUAUCAAAUGGCAGUUACCCCAUAUAAAACGUAUAUGGUGGAAUCUAAUUAUGCAAAACGAACAUGCAUCUAUAUGUCGAAAACCUCUUUCCCUAAUCGAUCUCGUUUCGGUCUUUUUGAAAUCAAAUUAAAUUCAUCAUGGCCGAUUAUUGUGAUCUCACGAAGACGCCGGAGAGACGAAAUUCUGUCACAAAAUGGCGGAAUGAUAAAUCAUUGUUAUUAAGCCAGUUAUUGGUGUUAUAUGUAGACCUUUAAAUUUUGCGACAUAUUUUCGCGAAGACAUAAAUUUAAAAUGGCUGACAAUGUGAUCUCGUGUUUUUCGAGAAACACUUUCGUAAGAUCUCGCGAGACUUAAAAUAAUUCCUCCUAAGGCGAUGCAGAUCAAAUUUAGUAUAGAAUUGUAUCAGGUCAAUGUUAUUUAACUAGUAGCUUGAUCUCAAAAUAUUAAUUGGUGGAAUAUCGAACAGUCAAAUGUAAGCAAUAUCUAAUCGAUCUUCGACCGGAUUUGACGGAAUUUUGUAGAGUUAAAGUGGGUGUAAGCGACUAGUUUUGAAGCUUAUUAUUUAAAAACAAAGUAAAUAUGAAAACAGUGUAGUAUUUGUUUGUUUAUAGAAUAUUAUAUUUUAUUUUGUGUCAUCCAUAUCGUAAUCAUACAAUUGACAGUAUAUUAUUCAAUAUGCACCCAUAUAAUCACGAUUUGAUCCCUUCCCAUUCCAUCCCAUAUUUUAUGCCGAUGUUUAAACACGUUUAGUAUGCGAAAUAUUCGGUUUUAGUUUUGAAUCUCCGAAAGAGUUCUGGCAGAAUCGUGAAUAAAAUCGAAAGUAGACAUUUUAAUAAUCCUGAGAAUUGUUGAAAUCAGAUAUGUAUCCGAAUAAGAACAAAACAAUUUUUGAUCCAUAAACAAGUUUGCGCCUAUAAAGACGUUCAAACAUUGCAUUAGAAUUUUUCAGUCCCCUUUCACCUAUAUCCACCAAAAGUGUAAAUCAUUUGAUUUGAAAAGCAUUCCACUUUAUUUAGACGUUUGACAAUUAAUAUUCGUAGAUUUUGUUUGUUUGUUUGUUUUUUGUAUUUGAAAUAUCGAAUCGAUUGUUUAUUAUUUUGUUUCCAUAUGUUAUUGAUUAAAUCGCCCCAUGGAUUAUUGGUGCGAUAUUUAUUAGCUAACCGACCAUUGCUGAAACCUGAUUUUUUUGUCGGUUUGUGUAAUAAGUUUCAUUGGUUAUCUAAAAGAGUCAGUUAGAACUGUGUUCAGCAGAACUUUUGUUCGUUCUCACUUAUUUAACAUCAUAAUGUGGACACCUUGCUAAGUCUUAGAUGAAAAUAAAGAUUUCGCAUUACUAGUUAAUAACAGUUUUAUUAAACCACCAAGUUGUGUAUUGAACUUGAACUAGACUAAAAGCUAGUUUGUACAAACGAAAAUAGUAUCGCAACGACCUUAGUCUUACAGGUUGUCGCUUAAGCAGGUGCGUUUAUUAUUCAUUAUAAUAUAGUAAUUCUAAGUCAUGCAGUUCAUAUUACAGUAUUUAACUUUGUAGAACCAAGUGCCAAAAUAUAAAAACACCAAAUGUUUAUUAUAAACAACCAAACUUUAUCAUUUAAAAAUUAUACAUAUUUAUACAAAGAGAAAGACAUCUUUUUAAAAUAAAAAUAAAAAAUAAACAAAAACAACUAACUAAUUUCAAUAAAAAAAACCCUCUUCUUUCGUUUAUAGUUAUUCAUGACAUCAUCCUGGGCCCAUAUUAUUAAUAGAACAAAUGAAAUAAUCGACUGUAUUACGAAUGAUCAAAUGUUUAUUGAAAUCUAGUCACAAGUUGAUUCAAAUAAUAGUUAUUUAUUUAUUUAUAGUUUGUUUGUAAUUUUGUUUCUUUUUAUCCAUAUUUGGUAGUAUUUACCAAUUAAGGAAAUUAAGUUUUCUCAUGAUCUCAAUGGUUAAUGUUUACGUAUCACGUGAUAUAUUAAAGGAUAUGUUUUGUGUGGCUCUUAAGUCAAAGAGAGGCUCAUAUGAUGUUUGCAUUAUAAGUAUUUCUAAGUUUCCAUGGUAAUACAAAGUAUUAUUUUGUGAAAUUGUAUACGACGACAUUACAUUACUAAUUACUGUAAAAUUUAAACGGAAAGAAAACAAAUGUUUAAUUGACUAAUCUUUAUUUUGACUUGAAAAAUAAAGAAUUCAUGUAUGGUCAUUGAAAUAAAAUAAUUUGAAUCCAUGAUAAUACAUAUGUGAAAUACCCCUUAUUGGUAAAAUUGACUGUUAUUUGAAAUUUUGAUUUGUAAAUUUUCGUUUCACAUUAAUUGUAUAUGUAUUUUGAUAAUUCGUUUUCUUAAGCUCUAUUUACACGAACAGUCACAAUAGUAUCCACGUUAUAUUUUAAUAUAAUAUGAACUACCUUGCAAGGUUGACCAGAAGAUUGAAAAUCGUGUUGGUCAUAUAUCUCGAGAAAUAACUGGUCGUACAAAUGUCUGGUCGUGUAAGCAUGGCUUGAUUAUGGAUUAUGUUGCUAUAAAUAGAUAAUGUUACUAUAAAUAAAGAUGUAUUAAAUAAUUGUAAAUACGAAGUCUGAAUUGGUUGUGUUGAAAUAUUGGAUUUUUUACUGUUUAUAGAUACUUCUAAUAGAAUACAAUAUUACAGAGCAUCGUUUCUUGGAAACAGCCCAGCAUGCGUUUUUCUGGCAUAGAGUGUGCAUAGAACAGCUACGUAUUCAACCUUGAAUUGUCUACUCCAGCUACAAGUUGGCGCAUUUUGAUUGGAUUCGACGAGCGAUGAGCGCAUGAUAAUAUUUUUAAAUAUUAUUUUUAUUCUAGCGUCUAGUUGUCACUUUUAGUAAGAAAAUGGCGCUUGGCUGAUUUCUACGAAUCUGUUUUAAGCUGGAUAUUGUUUGACUAUUAUAAGUUUCUAUAAUUUUUACAAGUUUUCAUAAAAUUUAAAAAAAAAGAGUAUUUCACAAAAAUAUUUUUGUUAUUUGUAUAUACAUUGCCUUGUUGAUUAAUUAAUUGAUUAAUUGGUAUAUAAUAUAAUACGAUAUUGAGCAUUAGAAGUUAAAAGCGAGUUGCAAAUAAUAUGUUUUGACAUGGUUUAGUACUUGCUCGGGUCUGGCAAAUUUAUUGUCCCUCGCCUUUUGAAGAAAGCAGGGGACUUUCAAAAUGGGUCCGUCAGUAUGUUUGUCUGUCUGUCCUCUUAAAUAAGCAAUUUGAUUAGCCUAUACUUUGGGACACGAUAGUCUUUAUUUGUAAUACCUUGACCAUGUUCGACAAUGAGCAUCAGGUUAAGCAGAGUUGUAAACAAUGUGAUUGGUCGGGCACGAUAACUUUGAUUCUAAUGAUAAGCAUUUCUUCUUGAUUGAUCGAGACUUUGGAACACAAUAACUUUUCUUCUAAAUAAGGUAGAAUGUCCAAACUUGAUGUAGGUGUAUAAUAUGUGAAUGCCUUGACUAAAUAGGAGGAACGAUUUUAUUGACUGGGACUUUAAAGUACGAAAACUUUGGUUCUAAUUGGGUGAGAGCAAUGAAAUAUGGUAUAUCAAAUCUUUGCCUCAAUUCAUUACUGAGCAUUUUCUGCUUCGACUGAAUUUGAUUGCCCAAUGCUUUACUAUACGAGAUUAAUAUGCAACUAGUUAAAAUGUGUUGUCAAUUCAUUUGGAGGGGGGGGGGGGGUGAGGGGGGCGACAUCUGCUUUUUGUUGGUAUGUUCGCUUGGUCUCAGUCCCACACUCACUGGCCAACGAUGUAACUUAUGUAGCAUGGACUACCGAGAGUGGUCUGCAAAUCGUAGAAACUGAUUUUAAUAUUACCCGUAUUUUAAACGAGUUAUAUUUUAGGUGAUGUACAAAUUGAGAUUUAUUUACAAGGAUAAUAAAAGAAAAAAGAUCCUUUCUUUUCAUUAACAUUGGACAUUAUAACUGACACCCUUCAAUACAUUUUUAUGCGAUAAAACUAAAACGAAUGAUUGAAAUAAACUGCAUGGGCUGCCAAAAUAAUUGAUACUUUGGAUUUGUAUGGAUAUUUGAAUUUUUAGAAAGAAUCAAAUUUGAUAGUCGCUUUUUUAUUGGAGAAUGUUAGGCAUGGCUAUUGAUAGUUUGGAAUUGUACGGAUAUUUGUAUAUUUAUGUAGAAUCAAAUCAAUAUUUUUUUUUUCUAAAUGGAGAAUGUUAGGUUAUGCGUCGGUUGAAUGACGGUUAUGCAUUGGAUGAGUUUAUUUUAUUUUUGAUAAAUUUUGACAGAAAAUCGCGUCCAUUUUAAUUUUUUUGGAAUUUAUGCAUUGAUAUUUUUUAUGUUCAUUUCUACUGAUUUACAAUUAAUAAUACGCAACAGAUUUGAAUGCAUUAUUGGAGAAUCUAAUAAUCACAUUAUUUUUCAUUUUCGAUAACUUUAUUACUUUCUUUUUUUUCUUUCUAUUUUUUUAUAUUAUUAUUAUGUUAUUUUUGUAGCACCAAACUGUCUCGACCAUCCGGUCAAAUGCUCAUAAUCGAUAUCCUAUCAACUGGAUGUUCGUGUCUAAAUUCAAAUCAAAUCGCACAUUGAUUGAUGACAUAGAUUAUCUAAUCCAUUUUAAAAUAUAUUUUCAGUUCGACUUAUUCAAAAUGUAUAUAAAUAACAUGUAUGCAGGAAAUGUGAAAACAUUGAAAUCAAUCAAACGUCUGUAUCAAAAAUCGUGUUUAUGAAUAUUAAGCUAAAUUGAACUGAAAAUUUCUGAUUUAGAGUCAAUUGGUUUAACUUAAUUGUACAUGAAGCGUUUUUUACGUAUUCUCAUGACGAAACAUUAUCAUUUCUCAUUGUCUACUUUCGCUGUCUCUUGUUAAUCUUGACAAUCGCCUUGAUUUAUUAAUGACAAAUUGUGACCAAAUUUGCAUCAACAUCUACCAACUAUGCAAACUUUUUGAAAUGUUUGAACUUUUUGUAAAAUAUAGAGCCAUUUUCUCGAUUUUUUAAACGAAUUUGGUUACUUUUGAAAUUUCGUGAAAAUGGCUCCUGGACAUUCAAGGCGAGCAUCAUUUAACGUUUUCUGAUCCUAAAUGUUAAUUAAAAUAAAUGCUCGGUAAAAGAGUGUGGAAUUUCGUUAUUUUGAAAAUUCCCACUGAAAUAUCUUUUGUGACAUUUUGCCUCGUUGUCAUGCAUGAUACCUUCAUCUACUCAUCAACAUGCUAGUUCCUGCUUAGUAUUAUUAUUCAUCAUUGCGCAUGUCAGAGCAUUAACUAUGUGAAAUAUUUCCAGAUAAUCGCAUAUCUUUGUAAUUCCGGUAAUAUUUUUGUACUUCCGGUCACGUGGUCCAGCCAAAUUAUAAAAAAAAUCCAGAUGUUCUCGAUCACGUGAUCGAAAUAUUCCAAAAAUGGUAGAUUUUGAAUAUUUUGCCUUCCCAACUUUUGUAUACCAAUAUUUUAAUGACUUGGCUUCUAUGUUUGUUAAAUAAAAAUAUAUAAUGCUAAAAA